CUUCUGCACCACCGGUAUACUCUUGCGACGACUCACUGCGAUCCGCUCUAAGUACCGUUUCGCAGUCAUUGUCGACGAGGUGCACGAAAGAAGUGAAGAAUCCGAUUUUCUACUUAGCUUAAUACUUAAGACCUGCUCAAAAACGACCCGAACUUAAAGUGAUACUCAUGUCCGCCACUCUAAAUUGCCAAAUUGUUUUCAGGAAUAUUUUGGUGGUGCGCCAGUGUGGGAUAUACCUGCGACGCACAUUUCCAGUCGAGCAAUUAUUUCUCGAAAGAUAUUCUGGAAGCUAUCGUGAUUUAUGUAAAUGGCAAUGUGAUUCACAAUUUGUGUAAAAUAACCAAAAAGGAAGAGGAAGAGCUAAUGCGUGAAUUAGAAUACUCGAUGUAAAAGUGGCGGAAGCGGCGAGCCGGCCAGGCAGCAUAAAAGAUGACAAGCCUUACGUUGGCGCAAAGGUAUGGACGCUAUAGUGAUUAUUCGAAGAAAACUUGCAAAAGCAUCUACCUCAUGGAGCCGAUGAAAAUCAAUCCCGAAUUAGUGGAAUCUGUGCUCAAAUACAUUGUGGAAGGGGAGCACAACUGGCCCAAAGAAGGCACAAUAUUGGUAUUUCUACCAGGUCUACAAGAAAUCCAAACCGUGCAUGAAGCGCUCGGCGAUAGCGCACUCUUUGGAAACAGAAACGGUAACUUUAUCGUCAUACCGCUACACUCAUCACUCUCCAGUGAAGAACAAGCGUCCAUUUUUCGACCAGCACCGAAAGGUAAACGAAAAAUCGUGCUUAGCACUAAUAUUGCCGAGACUUCGCUCACCAUCGACGACUGCGUGUUCGUUGUUGACUACGGUUUGAUGAAAGAGAAGCGUUUCGAUGCUAAUCGUAACAUGGAGUCACUGGAGUUAGUGUGGGUGUCACGCGCUAACGCACUGCAACGCAAAGGACGUGCCGGACGCGUCAUGCCAGGCGUUUGUAUACAUCUCUAUACGGGUCAUCGUUUCCGCCACAAUUUCCUAGCACAACCCGUGCCAGAAAUACAUCGUGUACCAUUGGAACAGCUGGUGUUGCGCAUAAAAACCUUACCUUGCUUCAGCGCCAAGAAUACGCUGGAGGUGUUGGGGCGUACACUGGAACCGCCCACCGAAGAAAAUAUACUUUCGGCUGUGCGACGUUUACAGGAUGUCGGUGCUUUAGAUGAGACGCAAGACUUGACAGCGUUGGGUCACCAUUUGUCAGCGUUGCCGGUCGAUGUGCGUAUCGGCAAACUCAUGUUGUAUGGCGCCAUUUUCCAGUGUUUGGACAGUGUGCUGACAAUAGCGGCGUGUUUGAGUCACAAAUCGCCCUUUGUUAGUCCAUUUAAUAAACGCGCCGAAGCAGAGAAGCGCAAACGUGAAUUUGCUAUAUGCAAUAGCGACCACUUGACUAUGUUAUUGGCGUAUAAGAAAUGGUUGGAAGUGUCGCGCCGCAACUUCUACGCCAGUCGCAAUUACGCCGAUGAGCACUUUCUCUCACUGAAAACACUGGAAACCAUUUCUGAGGUAAAAUAUCAAUUCCUGGAAUUGCUAGUCUCAAUUGGUUUUGUGCCCAUGAACAUACCGCGCAAGCGCAAAAACGCCAGCGAUAAUAUACUCGAUUUAACUGGUGCGGACCUGAACGUGAAUGGUGACAAUAAUCGUUUGCUCAUAUCGUUGCUUUACGCCGCGCUCUAUCCAAACAUUGUCAAGGUGCUCACACCCGAACGCAGCUACAUAUCGACUGUCGGCGGUGCAAUGGCCAAAAUGCAUGCGGCCAAAGAUUUGCGCUUCAAAACACGUCAAGACGGCUUCGUCGCCAUUCACCCAUCGUCGGUGAACGCGAUUGUGGGCAGCUUUCAAUCGCCGUUCCUCAUCUAUCAGGAAAAAGUGAAAACAUCGCGUAUAUUCAUACGUGAGUGCUCUAUGUUGCCGCUGGUGCCGUUGGUGUUAUUUGCUGGUAGUGAUUUUAAAAUCGAAUUACAUGGUGGCGAUUUUGUAUUUCUGCUAGAAGAGGAUUGGAUCAUAUUAAAGGCGCAUACGCAUGAAACGGCCGAGAUGAUACAGUGUUUGCGUUUGGAAUUGUUAAAAUUAUUGGAGGAAAAGAUCAGCGAUCCGUGUUUGAAUUUGCUAAAUCACGAAAAUGGUUUGAAGAUCAUUAAAACUAUUGUGCAUCUUAUAACAAACAAUAAUUAAGUGGAAACAUAUGCAUCUGUGUGUGUGUGUGUAUGCUUUAGAUAAUGUGUCUGUGUGUGUGUGUGCGUGUCUGCGAUUAUAUGUUGUAAACAAAAUCGUGUGAAAACAUUUUGUCUAUAAGGUGUGUGAUACAAUAUUGUAGUUUUGUAAAAUCAUCUUUUCAGUUUUGCAUAUUAUUUUGAAUAAAAUAAAAUUUAGACAAAGAAAUGUA